AUGAACUUUAAAGACGAUGACCAUCAUCAUGAUCAAAACGACAACAACAACAAUAACAACAACAAUAGUGAUGCAGAUGAUGAUGUUGCAAGUGAUAUAGAUGACAAUGCUCUGUUGGAUGAGACUGAUGUCAACAAUACAUUGACUGAACAAGACAAGGAUGACCUAUUAUACGACGAGUUGGAAGAUGACAAGAAUCAACAAUGGGUCGAUACACAUCUAAAUAGAUCAAAUGCAUAUUUGAGCUGUCCUUGUUGCUUUACGUUGUUGUGCGCAGACUGUCAACGACAUGAUCGAUACAAGAAUCAGUACAGGGCAAUGUUUGUAAAGAACUGCAAGGUGGACUUUACUUCAAGACUUGUACAUAAGGAGGAGGUCAAGUCACAUCAUGACGCCAAGAACAACAGGUCAUCAGACAUCCAUGAACAAGAAGAAGAAGAGGAGGUAGAUGUCAUAGAGGAACAUUAUAACCCUGUUAGAUGUGCAGUAUGCGAUACACAAGUGGCUGUCUACGACAAGGACGAGGUAUAUCAUUUCUUCAAUGUGUUCCCUUCAAACUCAUGA